UAUUACGAUUGAGUGUUUUUGACACCGAUACUGUUCCAGACUUCACUUGACUCAGUGUCUUGUAGUGUCCUGACAGAAACCGCCUGAUCUUUUCAUCAACCAUGACCCCCUUCCUUCUGCUGUUCGUUGCCUUGGCAACAGCGACUCCGGUUGCGAGGCCAUAUUAUGCCCUGGAUGCCAACGCAGACGGUCUGAUCUCCAAGGAUGAAGUUCUCAACGUCAUGACUCUGCAUGAGGCUCUUGUCGCGCUGGACAGAGAUGGCGACGGGUUCAUCUACCUGGAUCAGAUCAUAGAGCUGUGGGGAACGGCCGACAUGUUCCACCAACUCAACAUCAAUGGAGACGACCACCUCACCUUCAUGGAAAUAGAAAAUUUCAUGACCCUUAGCGACUUUUACGACCAGUUCGAUUCAGACGGUGACGGAAUCCUGAUCUCUAGCGAGGCUUACCAGCUGUACUAUAUCUACAGCGUCAUUCUCAACAGCGGGUUGAAUAACGACCCACUUGAUGCCAACGGAGACGGAAAACUCUCCAAGCUGGAAAUCACCAGCCACAUGGGCUACGGAGAGGUUCUGAGGGCCUUGGACACAAACGACGAUCACGAGCUCACUCCCCACGAGCUGAGGGUUCUACUCGGAGGGCUGACCGGACAGUUCGUUCGGGACCAAGACAACAACAACGACGGGACCGUCAGCUUUCAGGAGGCGCGCAGCCACAACAUGAGUCUGCGGGAGAUCAUCAAAAGAAUGGACUUGGACGAUAGUGGCUACCUAGAGAAUGGGGAGGGAGACGGAUUUUACACCGUGUGGGCCACAAUCCUGGCUAACAGCAGCACUGACCCUAUCACUGGAUAAGCUGGGCCCUGUGGUGUCCAACUACAGAUUCAGCAAAGGCGGCAGCAAGGCAAAAAUAAAUACUGAAAUAAAAUCUUACAGUCAACACAAA